AUGGGUGAUGGCGUAGUCCACUUCAUGCUGAGCGGACGCCAGUUGUUCCGGCGGAAGGGCCACGAACAGGGACAGGCUGUUCGGCAGCAGGCUAAUCAGCAUCUGGAAGUGGUCAUUGAAAAUAAUGCAGUUAAACACCACGUUGAAGAUGAUGGUAUCCCGGACAUCGACUUUGAAGGCUCCUUCUCGAAUGUUUGGCGCAAGUACAAGGACCGAACAGCACUGACAACAGCCAAUGCACUCAGCUACUACGACCACGACGAGAUGACUGCUUUUCUGAAAGAGACCAGCGAACGCUACCCGGGUUUCACCAAGCUGUACAGUAUCGGAAAGUCUGUCGAAGGACGUGACCUGUGGGUUCUGCUGGUGACGAAGGACCCGGAUAAUGAAAUAUUGCUCAAGCCAAAUGUGAAGUACGUUGCUAAUAUGCAUGGCGAUGAGGCUGUGGGCCGCCAGAUGAUGGUAUACUUGAUCUCGCACCUGCUGACUCAGUACAACCUGGACCCGUACGUCCGUCAUUUGGUGGACAACACGCGUAUCCACAUCAUGCCCAGCAUGAACCCUGAUGGCUAUGCUGUCGCCAAGGAAGGCACCUGCAAGGACCUCAAUGGAAGGAACAACGCUCGUGGCGUGGACCUCAACCGCAACUUCCCAAAUAUUUACCACACGCAGAAAGAACAGCAGCAGCCGGAGACCGCGUCAGUACGACGCUGGUCACGCGAGAUACCCUUCGUGCUCGCUGGCACUCUGCAUGGCGGAGUCCUCGUGGCCAGCUACCCAUACGACCACGCUAAAUUUUUCGUCCCAGAAUUGGAGACCGAGGCCCAGGCUUCGCUAACGCCCGACAACGAUGUGUUCCGGCACCUAGCUGAAGUCUACUCCUUCAACCACGCCCGUAUGCACCUUGGCGCGCCUUGCUUUACAAACGGCCAAAGGUUCGACAACGGUACAACCAACGGCGCCACCUGGUACUUCUUCGAAGGAAGCAUGGCUGACUACAAUUACAUUCACGAAGGCUGUCUGGAUGUGACGCUGGAGAUUUCAUGUUGCAAGUUCCCCCGCAGGAGUGAACUGGCUGGCAUGUGGGAAGAGAACAGGCAGCCCCUGCUUGCCUACCUCGGCGAAGUUCACAAAGGCGUACGUGGCAUCAUAAAGGAUGACAACGGCGUUCCCGUCACCCAUGCAUCUUUGAGAAUUGCUGACCGCAGAAGUAAUUUCAAGACAUCUUCAAGAGGCGAAUACUGGAGGAUACUCAGACCUGGCAACUACACUCUCGAGGUCACUGCCCCUGGGUUUCAAGAAGCGAGAGAGCAUUUUAGCGUUUCCGAGGAAAAGGUGACCAUUCUGAACGUGACGCUCAAGGCGCUGCACAAGGAAUCCACCAAUGAUAUCGUCCAGGACACUGUGGGCUGA